AUGCUAAAAAAUCUGUGUCGACAACAGAUAGUGAUAAAUGAAACUCUUAAAUCUGAAAUUUCUAAAUUAAACAAUAUUAUACGUGUAGUAUCUGAUGAAAGAAGGAGCUCAUACUACUUACUGCUACAAAAUUUGAUCAUAUAUCGCGAGAAAUCAUCACCAGAUCCGUUUGUAUUAGACAUAUGUAACAAUUUUAUUUCAAUGCUUUUUAAGUUUAUGUACAUGUUAAGUACAACAAUACUAGAUCUACUUAGUCGUCUUCUAACGUUAAAAAAGCAUAAACACUAA